UCAAGAAUUAAACAUGGCAGCCCGCAGUGUGUUGAGGUCUGUGUGGAACUCAUUUUCGAGCUUAAAAUUAGGUGCCACAAGUACCAUCGUAAGGGUUCAACAGAGGAUAAAUGUCCCUCCGCUGCCGGCUUUAACCAUUCAGAGCCGAGGGAUCCGCCAAGUGGUGGAGAAGCAAGAGGGUAAAACAACAACAAUUGAGGGACAAAUACUGGACACUCCAGCAGCACCACAGCCUCCAAACCCCACAGCCAAGUGUCCUAUCCACAGAUGGAACCUGCAGCACAAAUACAACUACACGGAUGUCUUGUUACUCAGUCAGUUCAUCAGGUCAGAUGGAGGGCUGUUGCCCAGGAGAAUCACAGGUCUCUGUCUAGAGGAACAUCGCAAGAUUGCCGUCUGUGUGCAGAUGGCCCACAGAGCAGGUCUGCUGCCUGACCACAAACCCAAACUUCCAGAGGGCCAUGUCCCAAAGAGGCCCAAGCCCCAACUCAACAGAUACCUGACCCGCUGGUCCAUCGACUCUGUGAAACCCAUCUAUAAAACUGGACUGAAGUGGUGUAAGAGGCGCAUGUCUGUUGGCCACCCAGCACUCAAGAACAACGUACGUUAUGGCGUCAAGCCCCUUUACAUAAAGCACUGAAGGACAGAAAGCCUAACAAAUCGGUGCACCAACAGGACCAGAGGGGGUGGGACCUUUCAUGCACGGGGAGCAGUUCCAAAUGGACUUUUGUCAUAUUGCCCUUGGGAAAAGGCCUAAAAGCUUCAUCCAUCUGUAUUUAUACUACCUUUUGUUUAUUAAGCUGUGUCACGCUUUUAAUGAAUCACGCUCAGCCCCAACCAGAACCAUCUAUUCUGUCUCUGUUGGUUUUCAAAAAGCCCUUGAAGUUAACUCUCUGACAACUUAAUGCGAUCAUCAGCUGGGUCAAUGUUAGAGUUUCAAAGUAGGUGGUAUGUUGACUGUGUAUACUCAAGGCAACACAGAUGUGCAAAUAAAAUGCUCUCAACAUGUGUUUACUGUAUAGCAAUAGCUUUUGUGCAUGAGAACUAAAUGGAACAAAAACAGCAUGACUGUACCUCUCCUAGUUUAUUUGUUUUAAGAUAAGACAAACAAAAAGUCCUGCAAUAUGUUGCUUUUAAUACAUUUUAAAGGUUGAUGUGGUUAACAGAGAAACAUGAGGAAAUGGUAGCUUGAAAUAGGUGUAAGAUCUCUUUUUAUAGCAUGAAAGGAAGAUCCAAAUUCUUGGUCCCAUUGCCAAAAUAGAUGUAUCCAUGCUGUGGUGUCAUUGGCACAUGAUAGAAGGUCAGGCCAAGCCACAACAGGCUGCGAAGCACGCACACUGUGCUAGCACAUUCAAACUGAAGACUCCAUGAUCCUACACACAAACAAAGAAAACUUUUAUGAACAAUCAAUGUUAAAUGCAGGAGACUGCGGCGUCAUGUUCUCUGUGUUGAGCUGAAUUAAAAUAGAGGCUGCAGUAAUCCUUCUUUUCAGUCCAGGAACAUUAGACUGCUUGAGGCAGCCAAGGGAUACUCCAAUAAAUCAAGCUUUUGUGCCUUUGAUAUCUACAGUCUAACCUGUUUCUCAAUAUGUUUGGGUGUGACCAUGAACCCAA